CGCAAAGCAAACAAAGCUUUGCCACACUUAAUCUUCCACUUCCUCCGCAACUCGGCAUUCUGUAGUGUAUCUUCUGGAAUUAUAGCUUCAUCACCAGAGAUAAGAUCCCACAAAUCCUGCUCUUGUAGAUAAGCUUUCAUGCAUAGCUUUCAGUAACUAUAAUUGUUACCAACAAGCUUGUCUAUAGAGACACUGCUUCCACCAUUCAUCUUUAUUGAGUAAUAAAAUCAAACGCUUAAUAAGCAAGCAAGCUCUGAUACCAUGUAAGAAAUAUAAAGACAAGAAAACAGCCAAAGAGAAAGCAGAGAAGAUCCUUUUUAAACUGAACUUUUAUUACUCAAAAAAAAAAAAAAAUUAAACAACGAUUACAACUUUAUAAAUACUAAAAAAUGCACUAAAAUAUCUCAAAUAAUACACACGUGUCUUCUGAGUUUAUUUGCCUAAAUAAAAGUCACUAACUCCUAAAUAAAAGGAAACUAACAUCAGCUUCCUAAAUAAAAGAAAAACUUCAAACAGAAUAGACUUGUUCAGUAAAGACUAAUUCAACAACUAUAAUAGUUCUGCAAAGACUAAUUCAACAACUAUGCCGGUAAGUUUCACUAAUUUGCAACAUAUUACGGGUAUGAAAUAAGACAAUAAAGAAAUUACAAUUGUUAAUUUUUAUUUCAAACUUUAUGAUAAAUAUACAAGAUACGAGUAUAUACCACAUUCGAGAGCUGAAUGACAAAUCAAGUCUUUUGAUUUACAAUGAAUCCCUCUAUGUAUGGCAGCCCAAUACUAAAAGCAAACAAACAAACGACUUGGAUGAGAGAAGAAGAGCAGAAAGCAGCUCAUCAUUCCCGGCAAUACCAAAGCAAAGUUUAACGAAAGAAACAAUGAAAGAAGGAGAGGGACAUGCCGUCUUCUUCCUUCACAACACUCCAAAGUUCCAUUUCAUUGAGUUUAACCAUCAGACAUUUUGUCUAUAUCCCUAUCCACCUUAUUCUUUUCGCCUUUUAAUACCACCCCAAAUCUGGACUCCAAGUUCUUAAACCAUCUUUGGCUAAGCCAGAAAGUAGGAGGCCAAAGGGGUGCUUGCUUUUGCUGUAUCUUUUAUCAAAAUGGCAGCAAAGGCAAGCCGGAAAAACACCAACAGAAGCCUGGAGACUCUGCUAGAUAUUGACAAAACAAAGGCCGCAAGGAAAAAUGCCAUGCCUCUUGAUCCCCGGAAAAUGAUUCCCGGUCAUGGUCUUGAGUUCAGAGAUGUAUCUUACAGUGUGAAAAAGAAGCAAAAGAAAGAUGGGGUUUGGAUCACUAGGGAAGCUUAUCUUCUCAAUGAUAUAUCUGGUCAGGCUAUGAGAGGCGAAAUUAUGGCCAUCAUGGGUCCUAGUGGUGCUGGGAAAUCCACUUUCCUUGAUGCCUUGGCUGGUCGGAUUGCACAGGGAAGUCUUGAAGGAUCUGUCAAAGUAGAUGGAAAACCGGUCACUACGAGCUACAUGAAGAUGAUUUCCUCAUAUGUGAUGCAAGAUGAUCAACUCUUCCCCAUGUUGACUGUCUUUGAGACCUUCAUGUUUGCUGCUGAAGUUAGGCUUCCUCCUUCCAUUUCCAGGAAUGAAAAGAAACAAAGGGUUUACGAGCUCCUUGACCAAUUAGGAUUAACGAGCACUGCACAUACAUAUAUUGGUGACGAAGGAAGGAGAGGAGUGUCCGGCGGGGAACGCCGGAGGGUGUCAAUAGGAAUUGAUAUAAUCCAUAAGCCAUCGCUGCUGUUCCUUGAUGAACCAACCUCAGGUCUUGAUUCUACAAGCGCUUUCAGUGUGGUGGAAAAGGUGAAGCACAUAGCCAAAGGCGGUAGCAUUGUGUUGAUGACUAUUCACCAGCCUUCUUACAGAAUUCAAAUGCUCUUAGACCGCAUUGCUGUUCUUGCAAGGGGUAGACUGGUAUAUAUGGGAUCCCCAGCUGCUCUUCCUGCUUAUCUCUGUGGAUUUGAAAGGCCAGUUCCUGACGGUGAAAACAGCCUGGAAUAUCUCCUUGAUGUGAUCAAAGAGUAUGAUGAAUCCACCGUGGGACUCGAUCCUCUUGUUCUUUACCAAAGGCAGGGAAUCAAACCUGAUCAAGUAGCCAGGACACCUAUCCCCAAGACACCAAAAACUCCUAAAACGCCACGAACUCCAUACACAAGUACCUCUGGAUCCAACAAGCAUGCCAUCAACCUCUGGAGCCAAGCAUUCUCAUUCACAGGGACAUCCCGAGCAGACUCUGGACAAUAUGGUUUCAAUGAUGAUGACGACGACGACGACGACGACUUUGAUAAAUCCCUUGAACGUAGAACGAUGUCCACACCAAUGCAUCCGCAAAGUGGAGUCUAUCAACCACGGUUGGCUUCACAGUUCUACAAAGAUUUUCCAGUCUGGCUCUACCAUGGUGUCAAACGAACUCCUCGCCGUGCGCCAUCUUGGACUCCUGCAAGAACUCCAGCCAAAACCCCAAUUUCUGGGGCAAGAAGUCAAGUCUCGAGUCAGUUUCCAUCAGCUCAGCUUGCCCCUUCUCGUCCCAAAACUCCAGUAAUCUUCAGCUCCUCAGUGGACUCGUAUACAGCUUCAUACGCAGAUUUCGACUUGGAGGAAGAGGAACUGCUUGAUGUGCCAGCACAGGGUCCUAAAUUUGCUAACCCAUGGCUCCGUGAGGUUGCAGUCCUCUCAUGGCGGACAGCACUUAACGUUGUCCGCACUCCUGAACUUUUUCUCUCAAGAGAGAUCGUAUUAACUGUCAUGGCACUAAUUCUGUCCUCCCUUUUUAAGAACCUGAGCGAACCAACAUUUAAAACCAUCAACCGGCUCCUGAAUUUCUACAUUUUUGCAGUCUGCUUGGUUUUCUUUUCCUCCAAUGACGCUGUUCCAACAUUCAUCCAGGAAAGAUUCAUAUUCAUCAGGGAGACUUCCCACAAUGCUUACCGUGCUUCUUCUUAUGUGGUCUCCUCUCUCUUAGUCUAUCUCCCAUUUUUCGCCAUCCAAGGUUUCACAUUUGCUGCUAUUACCAGAUUCGCGCUGCACCUGAAAAGCAAUCUCUUCAAUUUCUGGAUUAUACUCUACGCCUCUCUGAUAACAACCAAUGCUUACGUUAUGCUUGUCAGUGCCCUCGUUCCCAGUUACAUCACAGGUUAUGCAGUAGUCAUCGCCACGACUGCUCUCUUCUUCCUAACUUGUGGGUUUUUCUUGAAGCGGACGCAGAUACCAAUUUACUGGAGGUGGCUCCAUUACAUAUCUGCAAUUAAAUAUCCAUUUGAGGCAAUGUUAUCAAAUGAGUUCAAAGGAACAAAAUGCUACAAUGGAAACCCUGUAGAUCUUUCACCUGGUCCUUUAGGAGAGAUCAAAACCAGCAAACUGCAUAACAAUUUUACAACUGGAACAAAUUGCCCACUGAUUGGAGAAGAUAUUCUAUUCUCAAUGGAUAUCAAGAUGGACAACCUUUGGUAUGAUGUUCUUAUCUUAUUAGCUUGGGGAGUGCUUUACAGGCUCUUCUUCUAUGUGGUACUCAGAUUUUAUUCUAAGAAUGAGCGAAAAUGAAGAAAGCUUUUUAAUAUAUUUUAUUUUAUUUUAUUAUUUCUUUUUUUUUCUUAUUCUCCAUAAAACAAAUUUAUUUGCAUUAGCCUGUAUUUUAAUCUUGUUAGUCUCCUAACUUUUUUUUAUUACUUAUUAUGACUCAUAAACAAGAGUGGAGCAAUUUCAUACUCAAUGCCGUUCGAUAAAAUUGAACAUUAAGCGAUGAAAAAUUAAAUACUGAAUCUUAAGUUUUAAAUAUGUUAAAUAAUAAAAUUUUAUGACUU